AUGUAUGUUGAUGCUGCAAUGCGGUUUAUGAAGGUUAGAGUUGAACGCCUGCUAGCCAUUUGACCGUUCACGGGCUGGAUCCUAUCUAUCCAGCUGAGGCUCAGGUCCUGACACUGGAAAUUCGGAAGGCAACAAUAAUAGGCAAAACCUGGUAGGACAAAUUGUUCACAGAAUGUUAAUGCCUGACCUUAAGAAACAGUCCGCCCACCUUCCGUGUAGUCAACAUAUGAAAAGGAAAAGGGACAGAAAAAGUGUUUGAUAUGAGCGUGGGUUGAAAGUAAGUGCACAUUUGUCUCAUCAGCUUUUCCGCAAUUGUUGCCCGGGAACUUCUUCGAAUGAGGUUUUUCCAUCCACUUUUCUUGGAAAAUCAUCUCUUUCGUUCUUAGAUCUCUAAGUUUCCGCUUAGAGGAAGACUUAGGUUUAAAAGAAAGUUGCAUUUUUUGUAUUCAGCAUUACAAAGGUUUGUUUCAAUGCAACUGUCAGUCAUAGCGCGCCGCGGUGCAUACGUAGUCAGAAAAAUGGUUGAUGGGAAGUGGAAAGAGAGUACGAUGUAUUGACUUCCUCUCUCUCUCUCUCUCUUCCUAUAGCACUUAGCGCUCGUUGGCUUCCAAAGUUGUUUUCCCACGUGAUGAAAAAAACUGGUAGCGAGAUGUAAAACCAAAGAAGUCGACCAAAACCUAUAAGCGCCUUUUACGCGCCACUUUUCUGGUUCACCAUCUCAAGUUCCGUUUUCGAGUGCUCAUUUAUUAUACCUAGCCAUUUUAUUAAAAUAUCUGUGGGUCUGAUCCCACAAAUUUUGGCUUGUUUCACCUUCUUUGCUUCAGCGACAAAGGUUAGCUUUGUACUUCACCCAUCCUGGUGGUCCAAAGUUCUUGGUACGCUGCAAUCGCGUGAUCUACCAUCAUUUUGACCACGUGACGGGUAAUCGAUCACACUCAUGAAGAUCAAGUCAAGUUGAAAUUUUUCCUUCAAGAAUAGGAAUGUCCGAAAAAUGGUUUUGAAACAUCAUAGAUAACAACAAGAUAAUCUCACCCGUUGUAAACUAUAUUUCCUGAUCAUCAUCAAUCAACCCGUUCUGAAUUCUGUCCCUCUCCUAAACAAUUUUCUUUUGCCUCGGUUCCAGGAGCCAGGUGCCAUUUCCGAUAACAAAAAUAAAAUGGCGGAUUGUGGCGGUUUCGGUAAUAUAGAUGUUUUAGUGAAGGCGUCUGGGUUAUCAGAUGCUGCUCUUCGUUUAGUCAUCGCGUUAUUCUCAGCUUAUCCUCUGGCCUUCCUUUAUCAAGCUCUUUUCUAUAGAACCAAACCUGUUCUACAGCAUGUCUAUUUCACCAUUUGUGGGCUGUCUUUGGCUCUUUUCGGUUAUGGCUGGUGUGCUGUUCACUCCUUGAUAACCAUCAUAUCUUCUUAUCUGCUGGUACACAUUCUUGGGCCAUCUAUAAACAUGGUUGUAGUCAUGUUUUUAUUUAACAUGGGAUAUUUAUUAAGUGGCUAUGUGUACUACGCCUCAGGGGAGUACGAUGUGAACUGGACCACACCUCAGUGUAUUCUGUGUCUAAGGCUGAUAAGUGUGGCCUGGGACUACUAUGAUGGCAAUCAAGACCAGGAGAAAAUAUCUGCUGAUCAAAAGACCACUGCCAUAGAAACACCCCCAACACUACUGGAGAUGAUGGGUCUUUGCUACUUUUAUGGAGGAUUUUUAGUUGGUCCCCAGUUUCAAACCAAGGGAUACUUAGCAUUUGUAAAUGGGACACUAAUGGACAAGAAAGAUGAUGAUAAUGGUCGGGUUGCAUCAGGUUUGAAGCGCAUGGCUCUUGGCAUUUUGUACCUUUCCCUUUAUGGUGCAUUACAUCCAUGGUUCUCAGAAACUGGGCUCUUAUCAGAUGAAUUUCAGGGGUAUUCAUUCCUUGCAAAGGUCUGGUAUAUAGUUUUUUACAGCAAAGUGGCAUUCAUGAAGUACCUGGCAGUGUGGCUUCUCUCUGAGGGCAGCUGUAUUAUUUCUGGAAUCAGCUUUAAUGGUAAAACAGAAGAUGGUGUGGCAAAAUGGGAUGGACUCAGAAACAUACAGGUCUCAGUGUAUGAAACAAUGCACACUUUCCAAGAUUGCAUCGAUUCCUUUAAUAUCAAUACCAAUAAAUGGGUACUCAGGUAUUUUUUCAAGCGCCUUCGCUUCCUCGGGAAUAAAAACUUGUCACAUUUCCUCACGCUAAUGUUUCUUGCUCUGUGGCAUGGGUUGUUUGUGGGAUAUUUCACCUGUUUCUUUGGAGAGUUUGUCAUCAUGUUAAUGGAAAAACAGGUACAAACUAUGUGGUAUACUGUGACCAAGAAGCCCUUGUCAGAGAUGCCUGCAUACGUGAAGCUUCCCGUCAUUUUAACUUCUACGUUCAUUGUACAUUUUGGCCUGGCGUAUUUCUUGGUGUCUUUUAAUCUGUUGACCGUCUCACGUUUCCACAAAGUUUGGAGUUCCAUUUACUACAUUGUUCCCGUGAUAUUAGUCAUCUGGCACUCGCUAUAUCCGAUCCUUAUCAACCCAGUCUUUAAAAAGAUGACACAAGGUGAAAAGGACAGGUCAAAGAAAGAGAACUAGGAUAUCUGCAGUGCUGUAAUUCAUUCGCAUCUCCAGUGCUAUUACUUAGGAGCAAUUUACUACUUGAGUUUGUCUUUUCCUGUCAAGCAAGUUUUUACACACACUUAAUUGAAUAAUUUGCUUUUGUGUGAGUUUAGUUUUAGAUGUAUUUUUUCAGUUUUAAUUCGGUAAAGAAACUGAAUUUCAUCUCAGAUGUUCUAUUUGGCUGGCCCGUCACUGAUCUCCUUUGCAGCGUUGCGUCACGAAACCAAACAACUGCUGUGAAGGAGACUAGCCCGGCACUUGAUCUUCUUCCCUGAUCAAGUUAUCACUCUGAAUUAUGUAAAGUAUAUAGCACAUCGUACUCAAAAUAGGUUGAAUCUUAACUUUUGUCAUCUUAGUUUCACUUCUUAAAAAUUUUAAUAUAUUUUAUUUACCAAGGAACAUUCCACAAGAGCCUUUCUCUUCCUCUUAUGAGAGGUUUGAGAUUCACGGAGGAAUGAGUUUUUUAUUUGGAAGAAAGAUACCUUGUUAUGUUGUCGCAUGUUAGCUGUGAAUAUUGCAGGGUAUUAAUCACAGGAACGUAGACUUUCCCAGAUGUUCAAUUUGAAAAAGAAGGCCAAGUCUUUUUGUUUGUUUGUUUGUUUUUUUACUUCUCCUUGCCGUUAAUGGCAGAGGUUUCAAUAGCCUGUUUCCACAAGCGUCUGUGCUGCAAGGCAAAACCCAAACACGAGAGCUUGCUCAUGGGCUCAACAGACAAUGAUAAGAGGUCUUUCAAGCGGCGGUAGACCGCUGGUCACCGGCUGUAUUAAGUGAAGCGAAGCGAGUAAAUCGGACGCUAUUGUCUAGGUGACAGUGGAAAGAAACUUGUUAAACGACAUUAAUUUUCAUUCUAAUAAUCAUGCUAUGAGUUAAAAAUUUUCACACAAAUACUCUGAUUAAACAUUGAGGGUCUUAUUUAUAUAUCUUUCGAAACUAUCAGCCUUUAUAUAUACAUUUAUAUACAUUUAUAUAUUAUUUCUUCCUUAUCAAUUAAAUAAGAGUGUGAGAUUUUGAUUCGUGUGCCUGAAGAGAAUUUCUUGAUUAAAACAGCGACAGAAUUUUUGCAGAUUUUACAAGAAGUAGUCUUAUGUUGGUUUCAACUGUGACAGAAAUGUCUCACUUUGCUAAACUUUGCCAUACUAAUGUAUUCAAUAAACUUUGGAAUCGUCA